AUGGACGUGAGCCUUCCAUCGGGCUCGUGGGACACCCACAUUCACUGCUUCGAUCUUCAAUGGUACCCAUUCCGAUCCACUCGCGCUUACACACAUGGACCUGCGCCUCUUGGGGAAUUGGUCGAAAACAGCCUGACGAAUCAGGUAGUCUUAGUCCAAGCCUCAAUUGAAGAUGGACACGAUGGAUUAGUGGCCCACUUCUCUCGCAUUCGCAAGGAGUACGCGCAUAUACUUGCCCGCGGGACGAUAUGCAUGGACGAAAGUUGGACCAACCUAGAUAAUUCACAUGUUGAUGUCCUACAUCAACUCGGGGUCAGGUCUUGGCGUAUUCAUGAACAAUUUCUCCUAGUAGCGCAAUCAUAUGCGGCCAAGACUCACGGCUGGAGUAUUUCUGCGCAGCUACCUCUCCAGGCAUGGACUGCAUUAAAGCAAUUUCUCCUUCAUGAUAAAGAAAUCAACUGUCACGAUAAUUGCAGACCACAAUGCUUGCGCCGAGCCGGCGGAUAUUUGCAGUUCCGAAUUCAGAUCUUUUCUAGAGCUGCUAUAGUCUGGCCUCCAGAUGAUUUCCACAACAUGCAAAGUGUUAUCCAAAGCUUUGCUGAUACAGCGUCAUGCUCGCUGCUUUGGGGGAGCGGUUGGCCUCAUGUCAAUCCUGCAAACAAAUCUGUGCAUCUGCCGAUUGAUGCGCCAAAGAUUGAUAUUCGAGGAGAGUUGAAGGCUUUGUGA